AUGACAAUCGAGGACAACGCAUUUUUCCAAUGGUUUGCGGACGAUUAUAAACCUCGCUUUUUCGACACACAAGAAGAAGAUCUGACAGCUUACUUGUACGCUUUUGUGAUGUCUCUAUUCACACUUUUCAUGUUUGGCCCGUUGAUGUACAGACUCUUUUAUGUACUCUUCUUGCCAAAAACGACAACACCAAAGUCUAUUAGUUGGCUCUUCAUCAUACGAAUCUGCAGUAUGUUGAUUCUCUUUGUGAUCUCCUUUAUACACGCACUUGUCCCGUUGUGUUACAAAUUACUCGACACGUCCAUUUACGAUGAGGCAAAGUACGUUGACACUAAUGAGGGCUAUGCGUACUACCUGAUCAUUCCAAACGCUAUUUUGAGCAUUGAGUGGUUAAUUGUGAUGGUCGACUUUUAUAUUGAAAAGAAGCGUUCUGUCUUCUUCGGUACAUUUAUCCAAUUAUUCAUCUUGGGAGUCAUGUCAAUUCAACUCCUCUUUGUGAAAACAGAAACGACUUAUAAGCCAGAAAAGACACUUGUUGCUUGGAUGAAUUACUUGUACAGAAUCACCUUUUGGGUGCAAGUAUUAUGUGAAGUCAUCUUAGGGUUUUCUAUGUUAAUGAAACAAGACAACCGAUUCAUUAAUCCGGAAUACAAGCGCGUUGUGUCUAAUAACAAAGAAGAGUUAGAUGCAGACCGAUCAUACUCUGGCGAAGAAAAAGAUGGCGAGAAAGAGUCUUAUGGAUCUUCUAUUCACUUUACACCAAUGACAAAUAAUGUCAGCCAGUCUUAUCAAAAUGAUACUCUUGCUCUUUUGAGAAAUAACCAACCAGUCGACUCAAGAGCCAAACCAAAAAGAUCAUUUGGAGCACGAGUUAAGCAUUGGUUCGACUUUUUGACCUUCUCGAAUAUCACUGAAUUACUUGGGUUCAAAAGAGGAUACCAGAAAGGUAUGACUAUGGACGUGUCUGAUAUUGAUGAGCUGGAUAUUAACAAUCGUGCCAAUUACUUAAUCCGACAAUUUGAAGUUGCUUGGGAAAAGGCGAAACAGAAACCAAAGCCCAAAUUGUUGCGAGUGAUGUUCCGAUUGAAUGCAAAGCCUAUGUUGAUUGCAAUCAUCCCAAGAAUUUUGUACGACAUCACGUUGUUCAUCCCAAUUGUUGCUCAGAAGGUGAUGAUAGAGUUUGGACUUGCUUGGAGUGACAUCAAAAAUGGAUCGUCGGGAUUGAGUUCUGGAAGUUUGACAAAUGAGGACAUAGCAGAUAUGUUGCCCGCCAGCGAUCAGAAGUGGUUUGGUAUACUCUUUGGAUUUUUGGUCAUUAUAAUUUCAGCGUUCUCAUCUUUCAUGGGACAAUACUUUACAUUCAUCACAACUGUUGUUGGUCAGAAAAUGCGGUCGACACUCGUCAUGGAGAUGUACGAGAAAGUGUUUUCUAUGAAUGCAAAAUCGCAAUCCACGACGCCACAUGGCCAGAUCUUAAAUAUGAUGUCUGUUGAUGCAAACUGUGUGAAUGAUAUGUGCUCACAAGUCCAUUUGUUGUGGUCGUGUACUUUGGAAGUUAUAGUCUCUAUCGUUUGGCUGUUCUGUGUUGUACAGUGGACUGCUUGUGCUGGGUUAGUUAUCAUGUUUAUUGCUUGCUUCUUGAACGUUGUUUUGGCAAAGUUUAUUGUUAACCAAAUGAAGCAGUUGAUGAUUAUUAAAGAUACCCGUGUGAAACUCAUGACAGAAGUAUUGAACGCGAUUAAAACAGUAAAAGUGAUGGUAUGGGAAAGACACUUGCAUGGUCAGUUACACGACACACGAAAGAAAGAAGUCAAAAGAAUCUUGUGGGUCAUUGCUUUUAGAAGUUGCAUGAACUUCAUCGUCUGGGCAAUUCCACCUGCUGUCUCCUUUGCAACAUACGGUAUUCUCACAAUCAUUGCUGGUGGUGAUGCAAACGCGUUGGGACCAGAAGAAGCGUUUUUGACGCUUGGUCUGUUUAACAUCAUGAGACUUCCACUUAUUAGAUUCCCAAAACUGUUGAACGACACGAUGCAAGGUGUCACUUCGCUGAGAAGAAUUCAAGAGUUCUUGAUGAAAGGUGAAGACCAAAAAGACCGAGAUGCAGACAAUGUAAUUGCUGCUGUUGAGACUGCAGCACCCGAUGCGCCAAGUAUUGCAGUUGAACAUGCGACAUACACAUGGGAAGACAACGACUCGACUGCACUCUCAGACAUCAACUUCACUGCGAAGAAGGGGCAACUGAUUGGAAUCAUUGGUGAAGUUGGGUGUGGUAAGUCCGCGUUCUUCCGGUCAUUGCUUGGUAAUUUACACAAGACAAAUGGUAUGGCGUUGUACAAUGGGAAGAUAGGGUAUGUUGCACAGAAUGCAUGGGUACAGAACUUGACUGUUCACGACAAUGUUGUCUUUGGAAAGAAACACAACAACGACGUCUACGAGAAGGUUGUUGCGGCUUGCGAAUUGAGAAACGAUUUGGAAAACUUCCCAGGUGCAGACCAAAUGGAAGUUGGGAUUGGAGGAUCAAAUCUUUCUGGUGGACAGAAACAGCGACUUGCGCUCGCACGUGCGGCGUAUCAAAAUGCAGACAUCUACUUACUUGACGACUGUUUGAGUGCAGUCGAUGCAAAUGUCGGGCAGAACAUCUUCAACAACUGCAUCAAAGGCAUUCUACGAGAAAAGACGCGUGUUUUGAUCACACAGACAUUCCAAUACCUCCCCGAGUGUGACUACAUCUAUGUGAUGAAGAACAACACAUUUGUCGAACAAGGUACUUUCGAAGAGUUGCACGCUCAACAAGGAAGUGAGUUUAUGAGACUUUACUCGAAUUACGCAGCGAACGUUUCUCAUCAGGAUGAACAUGGCAAGAGAAUAUUGAAACGUAAAUUAAAGAAAGGUGUUAAAGUGUCUCAGUUGAUUGCCAAAGAGAAUGUCCAAAAUGCUGGAGAUGCGAAAGCGAUGUGGACGUAUAUCAAAUAUGGUGGCUAUUUCUACUUUGCUAUGGUGGUGUUCUUCUUCUUUAUUUCGUCAUUCAUGUUAAUUGGUUCUAACUUCUGGCUUGUUAUUUGGACAGAUCCAACCAAGAGAGCUUCACAUGAUUUGACAAAAGAUAUGGAUGGAUACACUUUAAUGGGUACAUAUGGUGUAAUUGUUCUGAUAGUGCUUGUUCUAAUUACAGUUCGAUUUAUAUGUCUUGGAGCGUUCAAUGGAAAAGCUUCAAUUAAUUUGCACUUUGAUGCAUUGAAUCGUGUUUUGAACUCACCUAUGUCAUUCUUCCAAGCAACUCCAAUUGGAAGAAUUUUGACUCGUUUCUCAGAAAAUUUGUUUGUUGUUGAUGAUAAAAUCAAUUUGUCUUUGGCUCAGUUCAUGGCUUCUGUAAUGUUGUCAUUAGUCACAAUUGGAGUGACUGUUGCAUCAUCACCAAUGAUGAUUUCCGUGUUUGCUAUCGCGACUUAUUGGUUCUUCUAUGUCUACAUUUGGUAUAUGACAUAUGCACAACAAUUACUUCGACUUGAUAUCAUUUAUCGAAGUCCAUUGUACAACAGUUUCCAAGAGACUUUGCUUGGACUUGACACCAUCAAAGUGAUGCACAACGAGAGGAGAUUCACUUCGAUAUUGUCCAACAAAUUGAACAAACAACAGAAGAUUUACUACGCCAAUAAUGUCUGCCAAAGAUGGUUGGGUGUACGUGUUGAAAUGAUCGGGUGUGUUGGUCUUGGUAGUGUUAUUAUUUUCAGUGCGAUUCAAAUUGCAAGUACCUCUCCGUCUUUGGUUGCCUUGUUGAUUAUGUACAUGUUCCAGUUUAAUCACAUUAUGAAUCAACUUAUUCAAUCUUCGGUUGAAGUCCAGAUGGCGUCGACUGCUGUAGCUGCUGUUUGUGAUUACCUUGAUUUGCCAUCAGAGAGAGGGAUAACGGAAGACGACCCGACAGUGACGGGUCGUGUUGGUCCCAAUUGGCCUGAGCAGGGAGACGUCAAGUUUGAGAACUUAACGAUGACGUAUUCAGCGGAGUUGCCGCCAGCUGUGAAUGACUUGACGGUCCAUGUGAAUCCUGGAGAGUCAGUUGGUAUUGUGGGGCGUACGGGAGCAGGAAAGUCGUCGAUCAUGGUUGCAUUGUUCCGGUUGUAUGAGCCGACAAGUGGGUGUGUGAUCAUCGAUGGUGUCAACACAUCGACACUUUCACUUGAGACGCUUCGGUCAAGAUUGUGUGUCAUUCCACAAGAGCCAGUCUUGUUCAGAGGCACUUUACGAAAAAAUUUGGAUGUUCUUGGGAAGCACACCGACGAAGAGAUGAUCCAAGCGCUUCAAGACGUUAACAUGAAGGAGAGUUUAUUCAGCAAAGGUGAUGGACUGAAUCUUGAAAUUGCUGAAGGCGGUGCAAACUUCUCGAUUGGGGAAAGACAACUCAUUUGUCUUGCACGAAGCACAAUGUUCAUGAUUGCACACAGACUCCACACCAUUUUGACGUGCGACAAGGUCUUGAUGCUUGAGAAAGGGCAUGUUGUUGGGUUUGGACAACCCGAUGAAUUGAAAAAGACAUGUGCAGAGUUUGCUUCACUUGUUUCAAAAACUGGUCUUGGCGGUGAACACUCCGAUGAACAAGAAGACCACAAAGAAGAGAAGGACGUCAAGCCAAAGGACGAAGUAAAACAAGAAACUAAGGAAGAGAAGCUUGUUGAUGUGCCCGAAGUUAAAGCAGUUGAACCACCAAAGAGCCCAAGUAUCCUUUAA